AUGCCCGAGUUCCGUCACGUCCGCAGCGGGAGCCUCAACAUCCCCAACGGCUCCGCCGGCCAUGCCCACGGCCAGAUGAUGCCCCGGAGCCCUCCCAACACGUCUCAUGUCCCCUGCAAGUUCUUUCGGCAGGGCGCGUGUCAGGCCGGCAAUGCCUGCCCGUUCAGCCACGACAUUGGCACCUCGACCGAGACGGUGUGCAAAUACUUUGCCAAGGGCAAUUGCAAGUUCGGUCCCAAAUGCGCAAACGUCCAUAUUCUCCCCGAUGGACGCCGCAUCAACUACGGCAAAAAUGGUGUCACCAUUGGCACCUCGCCCAUAAACCUCGCGGGCCGCCCCUCACCCACUCCCACCUCCCCGACCUCGGCCUCCAGCGCCGCAUACCACCAAGGCUCUACCAGCGCCCUCACGUCUUCGCUCUACCGUGCCGAGCAGCCCUCGUACCCGAUCGGAUAUUCAGGCGACGAGCACCAGCACCAUCUCGGCCGCCAGCCUAGCCUCGAUAAUGGCAUCCCCGCCAUCGACAUGCCCUUCUCCACCUCGACCUACGGCUCACCACGCGAUGAGGAUCCCUCCCGCCUCGGCUUCGGCCUAUCCCCCGCCAACGGCAAGGGCCUCUCCAUCCUCGAUGCGCCUCUGCCGGCCUCGUUCGACUCCAAUGGCAUCUCGCACGCGGCCCGCUUUCCCUCGGCGCCGUGGCCAUCGUCUGUGCCCUCCAAAUUUGGCCUCGAGUCGCCCACGCCAUCUCUCAGCAACGCUAAGGACUCACGCACGUCCGAGACGCUCAAGCUCCUUCAUACUUCUGCAUUCGGCUCGUCCGAGCAUCUUGUGACCCCGACUGCGAGCAGCCCGCCCAACUCGCAGCCCUUUGACGGCGAGGAGUACUUUGGCAAGCGCGCCAUGCACUCGUCUAGAUACGCACGGCCCCGGAUGCUAAGCUCAAGCUUGCCCAAGACCUCGGUCGAUCGCGACUGGGAGGCAGAAUUCGCCUUCGGCGACGACGGGGACAACGCUCCGGAGAACUAUGUGCCGGAAAACCUGCAGGAUCUUCUGACACCAGCCGAAAAGGCCCGCCGCGGAUCGAUGCGUGCCGAGGACCCCGUCAUCGAGGGUAUCUCCAAGUACGGAAGCCCGAUUGGAUCCAGCCCGUCGCGAUGGGGAUCCUUGUUCCAACGCCAGAAGGAGGAAGAGGAUGCGAGCCGUGCGGGUAGGGGCGGUCCCGUUGGCCCCUCUGCGUUUGGCCAUGUUGGAAGCCCGCUUCGCAAGUCGACUCUUGCUCAAGAGAUGGGCGGAGAAGCCAAGAGCCCGAAUGGCAGUCUCCGGCCUUCGUCUUUCCGGUCCGGUAGCGAGUCCAUGUCUGUUCUUUCUCAGCAGCUCCAGCGUAGCCGCCUUGACGACAACAUCAGCAGCUCUAGCCCUCUUCUUCACCCCACUACAGCCCGCAUCUCCGCGGGUGGCAUCGGCGCCAUUGGAAAGGACCGGGCAAUGGAACGCCAUGUGUCGAGCGGCAGCAUUAGCUCUUCGGUUACGGGACGGUUCACGACGCCCAUCGACGAGGAGGACCCCGCCUUUGUCUUUAGCAUGGAGGAAGAGGAAGACUCUAGUAAUGCCAGGGCUCGGAAGCGGGCUUCCGCAGGUCUGGGCAUGGGAGGUGGUUUCGCAAGCUACGCAAGCGCGGCCGCCGGCCGUGGCGUACCAACAGCCUCGAAAGAGUCGAAAGACAAUGUACCGGUGAACGGCCGGUGA